AAAUCACAUGUCCUGGAGAUUACAGCAGCUUACAAACGAACUUUACAUAUUUAACAUAUCUGUUUCGAUCAGAUGUUGAUGAAAUAUGGACAUGAAAUGACAAUCUUCAGCUCACGGUAUGAAUAUGGACAAUUUUAAAUAAUGUACAGGAAAUAUCGUAAUAUUGUUCGAAUACGAAUACUAAACAUGCAGACUCAUUCUGAUGGCAUUGAAAAUACACUUAAAGAGAAACUCUCUAGAUCUAUUACUAGCAUACAAGAGGAAACAUCUGAAGAAAACCCCGUCCCAGAUUCUUCCGAAGUGACUAACCGAGAUGAGAAAGAGUCUGGAAAUGAUGCUGCCAACGAUGAUGAUGACGAUGCUGAAAACAAUGACCCGGAUGGUGAGCCUGCAAAAAAGGGUAAGAAACUGUCCGAUGAAGAGCUCCUGGAAAUCCAAGACAAGAUAAUUGAAGAAAUAGUAAACGUUCGCAUUCCUUUGCUAAAGGAGAUUACGAGUGCUGAUCCAGUUGAAUUAGACAAACAUUUCAGAAAUGCUGUCCUGUUUAUCGCUCAGGCAUACUUCAAGUUUAACAAACAUGGUAUUCUUCGAACCAGGCCCUAUAAAAUUAGACUUGAUGACACCCUGGCCUCAAAUGGUCUGCUAGCAUAUUAUCUCAAAGCACUGCACCAUCUCAAAGAAGAGGGACAUGCCUAUUUAGGAGAAGGUGGCGCUAUUUUGCAAGACAAGCCUUUUUGUAAUAUAACCAAGACAUUGAUCAACUGCUCUGAUACCGGGGACAGUUUCUGCAGACAUGUUUGUGAAGUUGAUGGUUUCUUGGACUUCUUAGUGGACUUCCUUCGUAACCAUCUGAAGGGGCAUAUAGAAAAGACUAAUAAAGAAUCUGUAGAAACUGGUAUUCGGAACAUAGUGGGUUGUCUUCAUAAUGUCUCAGUGAGAUCUGAAAAUAGGCAAGUGCUUAAGGACCAUGGGGUUGUCGAAAUCGUGUUGGAAUAUAGUGAGCAGUCUCCCAAAGAGCGAAUCCGCCUAUCGACGUUAUUUACAUUGUCGUUCACAUUGGAUGAAUCACAGAGCCAUCUAUUCGCAUCAAAUCCUAAACAGAUCAAAUUAUUACUAAGUUAUCUUUCUCAGGCAAUGGAAUCCAAAAUAAGACGACACAAAGGGUACUCUGCCGUUGAGUUGGCUCAAGCAGUUUCACAACUGUCAAUCAACGAUGGUAAUAAGAAACUGAUUUUUGAACAAGAUGCCUUGCCACUUCUGCUACACUUGGCCAAAGGUAAUAAAGAAAAUGAACAGAUUGAAGCAACUAAAGCAAUAUGGAUGCUUGCCUUUGAUGAGGACAAUCAAACAAAAAUGAAAAACAACUCAGAGUUGAUUGAACUAUUAGAAACACUGAAAGGUCAUAACAAUAAGGAAGUCAGGAACAACGCCAAAGGGGCAUUAUGGACCCUGAAGGAAAAAUCAGAACAGCAUAAAAUUCAAACAGAAGCAGAGUCCGGAGUUAAGGAAAGUGAAGUGAAGCAUAUCAUGAUCAGUUACAACUGGGGCCAUCAGAAACUGGUGAAGCGUAUAAAUCAAGAAUUAAAGAGUCUUGGGUAUAAAAUAUGGUUGGACAUCGAACAGAUGGAAGGGAGUACACUCGGUGCUAUGGCUGCAGCCGUAGAGGGCGCAUGCGUCAUUAUCGUCUGCAUGUCUCAGAAAUACAAGGACAGUCCUAACUGUAGGGCAGAGGCAGAAUAUGCCUACAACCUCCAGAAACCAAUCGUCCCAUUGCUCAUGGAGAAGGGAUAUCGGGCAGACGGUUGGCUAGGGAUGUUACUGGGUACAAAACUGUUUUUCAAUUUCAGUGGGAAAUAUCCAUUUGAAGAUAAAAUGCGGGAGCUAAUCAAGGAGCUUGGGAAUCAAGGAAAGGGUCAAAGUGUAGAUCAAACAGACGUUGCUCAAAGUUUACCUAUGUCUAUGUCAUCACUUCCUGCGCCAUCGGUUCCCAAGAAAGUUGAAUCGGGUGCGCAGACAUGGGACAACGCUCAAGUCAAAGAUUGGUUGAAAAAGAUCGGUCUUGAAAAUGACAAUUUGAACAAUGUAUCAGGGAAGGAGCUGAUGUUUCUGAGAGGUUUAAGAUCUGAAGCGCCUGAAUUUUUCUUCUCUUAUUUGAAUAAUAAAUUAAAUAUCUCAGGCCUUUACGAUCUCCAAGUAUUUACAGAUGCAUUAAGACAAUUGUGAAGAAGCACGGUUCCACGUACACAUGAAAAUACGACAAUAGGGUGGUUAAGUUACACGUGUUUUAAAGAACCUGCACGUCAGCGUGAACUAUUUCGACUCCUUUGAUUAUUGCCCUGCUCUCAAUUCACUUUCCAGGGAUCUAAUUACAAUUAUUAGGGAGUUUAAGCUUGCAUAUAAAAUCGUCAACCUAUACGUAUGACCAAUCUUAAAUUCCCUACUGUCCAAGUAAACAGUCAAAUGGGAGAACUAAUCCACAAAAGGACCAUAAUUGAUCUACACGUCCAGGUACAAGUUAAAAAACGUGCAUCUUAACCUCACUAUCAUUACCCAGUGCUAUCUUUAUUGUAGUACAAGAAGCAUACCUUAUAUGUAACCUGACCAUUUAUAGAAAACAAUAAAUUUUAUCUUAUCUAA